AUGGGUGAACCUGUCCCUAUAAGCAUUGCUAAAAGCUUACGGAGUAAGUGGAAAAGGAAGAUGCAUGCUGAAAAGAGAAAGAAGAAUGCCCCAAGGGAGCUCAACAGACUGAAAAGUAUUCUCAAAGUUGACGGGGAUGCUUUAAUGAAAGAUGUUGAAGAAAUAGCGACUGUGGUGGUACCCAAACAGUGCCAGGAGAAAAUGCAGUGUGUGGUGGAGGGUAAAAAGGAUGACAUGAAAAUGGAGACUGAAAUUAAGAGAAAGAGAAAGACUCUUCCAGGCGAACAUGGACAGUACCCAGUAUGGAUGAACCAGAGGCAAAGAAAAAGACUGAAGGCAAAAAGUGAGAAAAAACGGGGGAAAAGCAGAGCCAAGGCAGCAAAGGGCCUGGCCUGUUAG